UGUUAUUUUCUCUGUGCUGUCCUUCACGCCAUGUUAUGAUUAGUUGACCGAAGUCGAAAGCUAACGGGACAGGGCACUCGGCACUGGAGUAACUGUGAGCAUGUAAGCGAGGGCCAGGAUGAACACAGCGCUGAAAUACUGGAGGGAGGCGGCGACGGUUAUCUUGGCGGCCGGGCUGAGACACGCUCAGAGCGCGGACUCUCUUAAAACAGGUUUGGAGAAAGUGUCCGCCUUUGAUUAUCAAGUGCUGCUGCUAAAACGGAGCGGCAGCAGCGGCUUCAUGCCCAAUGCCUAUGUGUUUCCCGGGGGGCUGGUGGACGCGUCUGACUUCUGCAGCGAGUGGCAGGAGGUCUUUCAGUCCUUCACGAAAGCGCCAAACUACGGCAUCGGAGUCGUGAAGCAGCCGCCGGAGACCAGGCCGCCCAUUUUCGCCACAGACAGAGCGCAGCUGGGAUCACCGAUCCCCGGAGACGUGGCUUUCAGGAUAUGUGCGUUGAGGGAGACGUUUGAGGAGUCCGGUGUGCUCCUGGCGGUUCCCAAACACGAGGAAAGCGGGAUAUGCGUGCGCACAGGUGAUGCUCGGGACAGUGACCCCCAGCCAACCCUGACCACGCUGAGCGGACUGUGGGACAGAGACGUGCUGUCCAAGUGGAGGUCUCUGGUUAUUGGUGACUCGGCGAAUUUUAUUAAGAUGUGCAAGGAGCUGCAGUGUCUGCCCAACAUCUGGGCUCUACACGAGUGGGGUAACUGGCUGACCCCUGUAGGCAAAUACGACAAGCAGAGGCGCUACGACGCCGCCUUUUACAUCUGCUGUCUGCGGGACACGCCACACGCGCUUCACGACGACAAGGAAAUAGUUGAUUUUAAGUGGUCCAGUCCCACUGAAGUGCUGCGCAGCUAUAGAUCAAAGGAGAUCUGGAUCGCUCCGCCUCAGUUUUAUGAUCUUGGACGAAUGUGCCGGUUUCCAGCUCUCAGAGACCUCCAUCGCUUUGCCUGGCAGAGGUCUUCGGAGGGUUGCGAACAGUGGCUGCCUAUUCACCUGGUGGCGCCUGACGGCUUUGCGAGUAUUUUGCCAGGGGAUGCUCUGUACCCGGAAAAAGAGGACCCUUCUGGAAAGAGCGGCGGUGUGGUGAGAAGUCUUAAAGAGCUCCAGCAGGACAAUGCAGACCUGCACCGUAUCGUUAGUCAGGGUCUAUAUUCAAUAACUGUCCAAAUGAACAUCACACCGAAGUAUAACCACCUGUCUCCUCUCUGUGGUACAGACGAGGACAACGCCUCCAAGAACCAUAGUAAACUCUGACACUUACCUGCCACACAGGUGCAGGACUGAUGGUCCAGCUCAUUUCUAUAUACCGACACGGCACUUGUGCCAUUGAAUGUAGUUCAACAUAUUGCCUCUCUAAUUUGUUAUAUAAAAAUGACAACCUUGUUGAUGUGAACUGCUAGUACCGUGAUUUUUUUUUUAAAGUGCUCUUUUAAUGUGCAUUACAUCUGUUAAUUUUUUUUUGAAAGUUUAAACUGUUACAGUUCUUCGUUAAUGUCAUAUUGCAGAUGAGGCAGUAAAAGGUAAAUGGCCAAAAUUUGAAUGGUCUUCAUUUGUUGAAAGCUCAUCUUUUUCAUGCUUUUUGAGUUUGCUGAAUACAGGACUCUACAAGCAAACAAUAACCUGAAUAAUUGUGUACAAAAAGUUGCAUUUGUCUGAUUGGUUUAUGGCUAGCAUUAUAACCAACCAAUUACAUCAAAUCUGACCGUAGCAGCAGCUAUUGCACAUUUAUUUAUAGUACCGGCUAGGAUAAAUCAUUUAAAUCUAGGUUAAGUACAAUGAGUAAUAAAUCACAAAGUGUCAUUAUUUGAUUGAAAAAUUCUAAAAUCACAUUUAAAUUAAAACGGAAACAUGAUGUGCAUUUCUAGCAUCUUUAAAUUCAGAAAAAAUGAAUUCAGACACCAUGUGUGUGAAUGUUUUCAAACAGUUUAAUCAUACAUAAACUAAAGAUAAACUACCAGAUGACUGCUUCAUGGGUGUCCAUUUUGAUAUAUUUCUGUAGAGACAGUAGCGUGAAAUCCUUAACCAACCUUAUACAAUAUUUGUUUCAGACAUUUAAUAAAUUCUGCACUCUCUACACUUCCAAUGAAAACCACACAACUUAAAUGACAAAACAACUAAAAAAGCCCAUCGUAAUUCAGUUAAAGGCUGUUUUGUGGAGUUGAUUUUUGUUUGCAUUUUGGUUACUUUGUACAGGUUGAUGUUCAGUCAUGGUGUUACUGUCUACAUGCUUCUACUUACUGGGAUUUACAUUGUGAAACAACUUAUGAAGUAGAAAAGGCAAAAUCUGUACAAAUCUUAAAUGUUAAAUACAAUCACUCUGUACCAGUAAUGACAAACAUCCCACAGGAAAUUCUCAGAGUACAUUUAAACUCACAAAACAGCAGCUUAAAAUCUAAAUGGAAAACAACCACCUCAACCCCCAAAUAGAUUAGUCUGUCAGAAUACAUCUUUUUAAAAGAAAAAAAAAAAACUUCCAAAUGUAGCUCUUCAUUUGUGGAGAUGUGCCUUUUAACUAAAGGCUAAGGGGGCAAAGCUGCAGUUGAGCUCUACCAAUCAGUCCAGAACUUCACAAUUUAUACAGAUGUCAGAAUGGGGAAAAAAAAAAAAAGCUUGCAAGCUCUGUAAAACAGACCGACUAUAAGGUUGUAACACAUUUUCAUUAACUGAACAACAUCAAGAAGAGCAUGUGUUUUUGCUGUUGCAGGCACAAUUUAUCUCUAAGGACUCAUUUGAAACCCACUUCAAUUUUUAGAACAAUACAUUGUUAAAACUCACUUUAACCCAUAACCUAAACACACACUGUAUUGUUUUUUUAAACCUUAAACCAUCAAAAUGAGACCGCAUGUCAUUGCAGCAGGAGCCAUAAGCAUGAUGUGAAACAUACUGUAAAUGUAACCAACAGCAACAUGCAAAACUUUUGGCACCACUUUAUUCAUCUGACUUUUUGAAACAGAACUAGAUCACAUUUUGCUGAGGAUUUCAGUGCACUUACAAAAAAACAUGCAUGCUUAAUAUUUACCUGUGACAAGAAAUUCAACUCUGCUCAUUCUAUGCAUUAUUUCAGACUAAUCCUGAUUUUCACACGAUAAGGAAAUGAAAAACAUGUGCCUGUGUUGGCUCGACACACAAAGAAGAAAAAAAGGCAAUUCAAGUGUCUAUUGUAAUGUCACUCUGUUAAUAGAAACUCCCAAAAAUUACAUCAUGCCAACUAACCUAACACAAAAUUACAAAGUUUAUCCUCGAUUUCAGCAAAAUGUGACGAAAACAUCCUCUAAAAAGUUUAGAACUAACAAGUGAGAGAAAGAGGGAAACACACCCACACUUGAACACACAAAAGUGAUUCUAUAAACUGAAUGGCUGCUUUGAGAAGAAAAACAAAAAUCAAAAAGGAGUACAAUUAGAAGCGCUAGGAAGACUGCUGGAAAACAAUAAAAAUCAAUAAAGAACAAAAUCUGAAAAAUGAAAAUUAAAAGCUUCUGCAAAAUCUAGUGGUUAUGUUUGUACGUUCUAGAAAAAUAGACUCUUUGCUCAGAACAAUUUUCAUGAAACUUUUUACACUUUCAGCAGUCUUUCUAACGCUCCCUAUUGGCAGCACAAAUGACAAAUGAACAUCACACAAAGAAACAAACAAAAUAAGUAAUCAAUAAGCGUCAAAAGUUAACAAAAAGGUCAAGUGUGAAAUUUCAAGCGUCAGAGAAGCGAAGAGGACAACGGACUGGACGAUGAACUUUUGACGUCACAUCGACAUGCUAGGCAAACGAUGACAAACGGGCACGAAGAUAUC